AUGAAGUCUUCACUACUAGUCUUCGCUCCUAAAGGAGACACUGAUAUCAUUCUCCGAAAGCCCAAUUUCCGCAGCCACCAAGAACCGUUGCCAGAAGCCGGUGAUCCGGAAGCCGCCGAGGAAGAGCACGAGGAGAACGAGAACGGCGAGGAUAAAGAGCGAAAUGACCAGAGAGAGCUUGAACGACCUGCUUCAGAGGAUUUCAAGGACGUCACAUCUUCGAUACAGAGCCUCGAUGAUCUGAAGACCCUGAAGCCAUGCUACGAGCACGGACAAAAUGUCGAAAUCUGCUACCGCGUUUCAUCAGCUCACUUGAUGCUUGCGUCACCCGUCUUCAAGGCGAUGCUAGACGGUCCAUUCAAAGAGAGCUGUCGUAAUGAGGACGGGCUCUUCGAAGUCAAGGCUUUUGAGUCCAGCGCCGAAGCGCUACUCAUCUUGCUUGAUAUCUUUCACGGACACCAUAGAGAUGUUCCAAAGACAAUGGAUCUUUCUUUGUUGACAGAGAUGUCUAUACUUGUUGACUAUUACGAGUGCCACGAGAUCGUGGAGAUGUUUGCUGAGAACUGGGUCGCCUCUGUUAUCCAGGAAGAUGAGAUAGAGGGGUCUGAUUACCAGACGAAUAUGUCUCGGUUGUUCAUCAGUUGGGUGUUUGCGAAGAGCGAGCUCUUCAACUCAAUCGUUCACACCGUCCUCAAAUUGACCCCCGGGCCCAUUUAUACGGAUCUGCCGCUCCCGAGUACCAUCCUGGACUCACUAGAUCAACGCAGAAAGAGUCUUACGAAACAAUUCCUCGACAAUCUAUACGAGCUACUUGAAUCUUUCUGGAGCACGGACGGUGGCUGUCGCAAAGAGUGUACAGCCAUAAUGCUGGGAAUGCUGAUCAAGCAGAUGCGCAGCUUCGGCUUAGAGGUUCCGAGAGCCAAGGGACAACCUGCCGAAGAGAAGAGCUUUUUGGAACUACAGGAAUUCUCAACCAACCUCGAAACUCCGCAAUGGUCGAUUCCAACCAUUGGGGGGAUACAUAAAUGCUCUUUCAAAGGCAAAACGGAUCCCUGGUUGGAGAAAAUGUCCGAAGUCGAUAUCUGCCAUGGUGUCAGAUUCGGGGACUUUAAAUUGGCCAGCUCAGUGCAAAAGAUCUUCGCAUCAGGUGUAAAGAAAGAGAAGCCAAACGAGCAAGCAUGA